CAGACGCAGCGCUGUUUUGCUCACAUUGAUCCGGAGUGAGCAGAAGGUGAACAGAAUACCUGUCAACAUGAAGAGGAGCGCUGUGUUCGUGUUUGUGGCCGUCUGUGCUCUCUCAGCACUGUCAUUGGCUGAAGAUGAAGUGGAAUCCGAACCAUCUGUAACUGUGGCCCCUGCCAUUGAGUUUAGCCCGACAGCUUCAACGGCUACAACCAAAGAGCCUCCAACUACCAAGCCCCAAACAACCAAGGCUCCAACUACCAAGCCCCAAACAACCAAGGCUCCAACCAAGGCUCCAACUACCAAGGCCACAACCACCACUGCCAAGCCUACAACCUCUCCUCCUAAGCCUACUCCCUCCACCAACUUGACUGUUGGAAACUACACGGUGAUGAAAGACAAAUCAAUUUGCCUGAUGGCUCAGAUGGCACUGCAGAUUCGCCUCGUAAAACCAAAGGAAAAUGGGACCUUCAUCGUUCAGCCAAAGUCAACCAAAGUGGAUGGAGACUGUAAGGAGCCCAAAGCUAACCUUACCCUCAACUUCAAGGAGGGCUUCAUCACCUUCCUCUUCAACAUGAGCUCUGAAGACGUCUACGUUCACACUCUGUCCUUCAACCUGACCUACCCCUUAACCAAAGACGUCAACAAGGUCCAUGGCGUCAACUCGUCAGUGCGACUCUUCGCCGCAAAGAUCGGACACUCCUACUCCUGCAAGAGCGAGUCGGUGAACUUGGGGAAUGGACUGUACCUGGACAUCAGCAAGGACAGGAUGCAGGCCUUCAACCUGACCAAGAGCAAUGAGUUCGGCCUGCCUGAGCCGUGUCCCGCCGAUCAGCCUGAUUACCGCGUCGCCGUGGCGGUUGGAGUGACGUUGCUCGUGCUCAUCGUCAUCGUGGUGGUGGCCUACCUGCUGGGCCGCCGAAGGAGGACCGACGGAUACCAGACUCUGUGAGGUCACCCAGAGGUCACUCUUUUUUGUAAACGAAGUGAUCUUUCUCAGGGGUUAAAGGGCACUUCCACUAACCUGCCUUUCUUCUGCUUUUUUUUUUUUUUUUUCAAAUUUAUUGUUUGAAUUACGAAGUUGUGUGUUUAGAAACUGGAGUCUGCCACUGCUAUAGCUGACAGUGAUUUCUUAUAAUCAAUAAUAAACCAAUCUAUCUCGAUGCUGUUGUAAAUUUACAAAUCAAAUUAGUGUGUAGAAGUUGUUUUGUUGGAACUUUCUCCUGUAUUUAUAUACUGAUGGAAAAUUAGAAUUUUAAAAUGGAGUCUAAAUAAAUAUAUUUUUAAAGAAAUUUACAUUAGACUUUUUUCCUUUCAUGUUCUGUCUCACAAUUGAUUGACUUCAGACGUAAACAUUUGGACGUGGGAUUGUUUAAAGGUCACAUAUCCUCCUCCUCCUCUUCAACCAGUGUAAUUAAGUCUCAGAGCUCCUCAAAACAUGUGUGUGAAGUUUCUUGUUCUAAAUCCACUCUGAUCCUGUAUUUGAUCAUGUCUAUAAACCCCUCGAUUUCAGCCCUGAUCAGAACAGGCUGUUUCUGUGUCUGUACCUUUAAAUGUAAAGGUAACCUGUGUCUGACCACGCUCUCUCUCAUCAUUGGGGGGUUUGUAGACAGACUAGAGACACAUAUUAGAGUUAGAAAAACAUGGUGAAGUGGAUUUUACAGAAUAUGUGACCUUUAAUUUAAUGAAACUUUUAUUUGAAACUGAAUGAUGACGCCAUCUGCUGCUCUAAGAACGACUUUUUUAACUUCAAAUUUAGGCUCAAAUGCCUUAAAAUUUAAGAAAGUACGUGUUUUUAAUUUGAUCAUCUUCAGUUUUAAAAAGUGCGUUGACAAACAGUUUUAAAACCAAAAAAAAGCUUGUCGGUUGAGAGCUUUGGGUUUUAUUUUUCCAGUGGCAGACUCCAUACAUUUAUUGUUUUCUAAAAUCACCUUUAAAUUGAAGGAUUGUCUCACUUUGUUACAAAAAAUAGUUUUUUUUUCUACUGGCAGGGGCGUGUCCAGGCUUUUUUUAAUUGGGGUGACCCAUGUGGGGCACUGAUUUAUGCGGGGUGGCAUGACGUUUGUGGGCACAUGCACCCAAUUUAAUUUAAAAAUUACACGCUUUCUAUCCCCAGAACAGAACAGAAAUGUUCUUAGCUUUCUUCUUCAGGGACUCAAAAACAAAGAUGUUCAAAGUCACAAUUUUAAGUAUUUAGAAAAUUGCAUGCAAAAUUGUGAGCCGUCUGACUUGCAAAAAUAAUUUUAUUGGCAAUUAAGUCAAUCACAACUUAGACAGUGUGCAUGAGGUUGUCCUUGGAAAUUUGUAUGGAAAGAGCAAAGUUUGAAAAGUUUUUAUUUGCACCUGAUUAAUUUCUAUUAGCCAGUUGUAAACAACCAGACUAGUGGAUUGGUACUUAAGUCCCACCUCUGAUUAGGCAACUAGCCAAUCACAGAUUUUGAUUUUGGGGUGGCACCUUGGGUGGUAAAUGGGAUUUCAAGGGGGCCCAUGCCACCAAGUGCCACCACUCUUGACACACCCGUUUACUGGGACACUAAGAACAAUGAUGUGAAUGAUGACACAUAUGAGCUGACAUCUUCAUAGAAAGUCUUUAAAAACUGACAAACAAGUGUCAUUAGAUUAAGUCCUGGUUGUUUUCUCCUUUUUCCAGCAGGUGUGUUAUUGAUCAGUAAUGUGAGAACUGUUCUUUUUUUAUUAAAUAUCAGUCUAAAUCAAUGUUACUUUAUCUUAGAAAUUGGAUCUGGAAGUUAAGUACAAUUUACGCUGGCUACAGACGAGACUAUUUUUAAAUCUGAACUGGUGUACCAGAUGUGCUCUAUGUCCUUCGCCUGCGUUUUUAUGAUGAUGAAGCACAUUGUGAUUGUACAUCAGAGAGUCAGUGAGAGAGAUCAAUGUCUACUUAUGAAAGAAAAACUCAAACACACAACGCCCAAACUGCCUUAAAUGUUAGAUUCAAAUAUUCUAGUGUGUAGCCAGCCUAAAUUUAGAUUUCAAUUUCUGUCAUAUCUAAAAUGUAUUAACUUUUUCUCUACAAUACUGUGAUUUGUCUACAUUGUAAUUGUGUUUAAAUGUUUUAAAAGAAUCAAAGGGUAUGUAUUCUGGCAUUUGUUUUUUGUAAAGGGAAGUCAGCAUUAUUAAUCAGCACACAAGAAUGAUGAUUUAAACAAUAAUUUCAUUGAUUGCUGAACUAACUGAUUUUGUAUUUUUUAUACUGUAUGCAGAUGAUGCUUUCUUUUUUUAAAGAGCUGGGUGUGUAAUGAGUGUAACCCUCACCAAUAUAAUUCCACCUUGAUUUGCCAACUGUCUUUCAGGAAUAGUUUGACUUUUUUGGGAACACACCUAUCUGUAAUAUCGAAAUUUCUAGCAAUGAUGUUAGCCAGAGAGUAGGCAAAGGGUAGCCAGUUAACUGUAAUGUAGCCAAGCUGAAUUUAAAUGGCGUUGGUUGCUUCAUAACGUUAGCUGAUGAAGUAAUUUUCUAAGUGACAGCCAACCAAAUAAUUGGCCAGAUCAAUCCCAUUACAAUAUUCAUGAGCUUUCAGUCUGUCACACAAACUUUAUUAGCUAUUAAUGCAAUGCGAGUUACCUACAUGAUCAAUUUUACCACAAAGGCCUUCAAUUACCUGUGACGAAGCCUUUAAUCUUGUAAUAUAAUCUAAAUCAACUGAAAUCAUUGUCUGAUAGCCUAAACACUAAUGAAGUACCCAGCCUAAAGGCUAAUUGUAUUUAGGCUACUAAGAGUAAGCCAACUAGCAUGCUUAAAUAUCUAUCCAAAGGGGGGACUAAAUGAACAGUGUAAUGAGAUUGUUCUUUAAAGUCUAAAAUCAACAAUGUAUGAAGUGGUAAAACAAAACAAAAUUCAGAGAGCAUUUUGCUAACAAGAUCAUUAGCUUCAAAUAGCUAUUAAACAAACUUUGUUGUGACAUAAUUAUUCUUAAAUUGCACUCAUUUGCCAUAAAACAUAACAGAUAAUCGAAUACCGUUGUUAGCCGUUGAAGUUAUUUGGCAAAUUAGGCUACAUUGGACAUAAUUUCGUUAGAAGUGAGUUAUCAAGCUAAGGUUAGCUGGCUAGCUAGCUGUCUGUGACUCAGCUACACUUCAUGAAUUCUGCUUCUCAACUGAUUAAUGAGCUUCUUUGAUUAUCCUCCUGUAGUUGUAACAGUUUAAUGAGUUCAGGUUAAAUGACGUUUUAAAUCUUCUGUCACAGUAGGCCUAAAUAAAAACAUGUUACAUGGAGGUUAUUCAUGCUUCACUAAAAGUUGACUCCAUGGAGUAAAAUAGUAAAAUCCUCAUAAAAUCUCAACUUCUGGACGAAUAAAUGACAAAUUAGUUUUUUUAAUGACAGUCGUAGUACAGUGAAGAUUACAGCCGCUGUUCCCAGUUUUGUCCACCAGGUGUUGCUGUUGAGUUAGAAAGCGAGGACACCCUGUGUGUGUUUGAUUAUCCACAGUGUGAGCACCUUUUCCUUUGUUUACUUCCUGUACCAAUAAAGACUCAUAUAUUUCUA